ACCACAGGAAGCACCACACCCAUUUUCAUCCGAUCGCUUUGUGUGCUUUAUCAUUCAUUCAUACAUCUGAUCUGAAGGCUUUGGUUUGUGUAGCAGCAGCAGCAGCAAUCAAGAUGAUGGAAGACUCAGUGGACGCGACGUCUACUUCAGUGUCCAGUAUUGGUUCGUCGUCAGAUGACUCUUCUGGUGGAGCCUCUCCCCAAAUGGGCGGUGGUGUGAUUCCUCCUUCCAUUGCUACCGCAGGCAAUGGGAUGCCAUCGGAAAAGACCUAUCAUGAUUUGGAGGCGUGGUUGAUGAAACUGAGCAAUGGCAUUCCGUUGGCGGAAACCGAAGUGAAGAGUCUGUGUGAUUUGGCCCGUGAAACACUGCUGAACGAGUCCAAUGUCCAACCAGUCCCUGCACCCGUCACCGUCUGUGGUGACAUUCAUGGUCAGUGGCAUGAUCUCAUGGAACUCUUUCGCAUUGGAGGAUCUGCUCCAGACACCAAUUAUCUCUUUAUGGGAGACUACGUCGAUCGAGGCUACUAUAGUGUGGAAACCGUCACCAUGUUGGUCUGUCUCAAAGUCCGAUAUCCCGAUCGGGUCUUUGUCUUGCGGGGCAACCAUGAGAGUCGCCAAAUUACGCAAGUCUACGGAUUCUACGAUGAAUGUGUCCGCAAAUACGGGAGUGCCAAUGUCUGGAAAAUGUUUACCGACUUAUUCGAUUAUUUCCCACUCACGGCGUUGGUAGAACACUCCAUCUUUUGCCUGCAUGGAGGACUCAGUCCCAGCAUUGAUACCCUCGAUCACGUCCGACAAUUGGAUCGCGUCCAAGAAGUACCGCACGAAGGACCCAUGUGUGAUCUCUUGUGGAGUGAUCCCGACGAUCGAAAUGGAUGGGGUAUUAGUCCUCGUGGUGCUGGAUUCACCUUUGGUGUCGAUAUUUCACAGCAAUUCAAUGAACGCAAUGGAUUGGGAUUGGUCAGCAGAGCACAUCAGCUCGUCAUGGAUGGAUACAAUUGGAGUCAUGAAAAGAGUGUCGUGACCAUUUUCUCGGCUCCCAACUAUUGCUACCGAUGUGGCAACCAAGCCGCAAUCAUGGAAGUGGAUGAAAAUUUACAAAAGACGUUUUUGCAAUUUGAUCCGGCACCACGACGAGGAGAACCGCAUAUUGGAAGAAAGACACCCGAGUACUUUUUGUAAUACUACUGCCGGUGUAGGAGCAUGGAGGAAUGGGUCGGAAUGUAAUCAAAUGAAUUCCAUAACAUUAUUAGUAGUUUGAAUUGACCCAGUC